AUGUUACUGUGUCAGAUCAGCACUCUCAAAGAGUCCGUCCAAGCCGAGUCGCAGAUACCCAAGACUUCCCAACAUCUCUACCACAACGGCCAGCUCCUAAAUGACGAUACGAAGACGAUGGAGCAGCUAUCUAUUGGGGAUGGGGAGAUGCUGGCCUUGCACGUUCGAGACAUGGGAGGGAGUACAGGCCGUGCAGCAGGUCAACAUGCGCCACAGCCUGCUCGUCAGCAACAGAGAAGAGGACAACCCCAGCCAGAUGCAGAGACCUUACGGUUACAAAUCCUGGGCAACCCAGCGAUGAGAGAACAGGUCACGGGUCAACGACCGGAGCUUGGAGCCGCCCUUGAUGACCCUGAGAGAUUCGCACAAGUCUAUCAGCGGAUGCAUGACGAGGAGCGAGAAGCUCAGGAUCAACGGAGUAGAGAAAUCGCCGAGUUGAAUGCGGACCCUUUCGAUAUUGAUGCGCAGACUAAGAUUAUGGAAAUAAUCAGACAAGAUCGUGUUCAAGAAAAUCUACAGAAUGCCAUUGAGCACAAUCCUGAAGUGUUCGGCCGCGUUCACAUGCUGUACAUAGAUGUCGAGGUCAACGGUCACAAAGUCAAGGCGUUCGUCGAUUCCGGUGCCCAGGCUACGAUCAUGUCCCCUUCAUGUGCAGAGAUGUGUGGUAUCAUGAGGCUGGUAGACAAGCGAUUCGCGGGCAUUGCUCGAGGUGUUGGCACUGCGGCUAUUCUUGGACGAGUCCAUUCUGCGCAAAUUCGGAUUGGAAGCUUGUUCCUACCCUGCAGUUUCACUGUCAUGGAGGGCAAAGACGUAGAUCUUCUACUUGGUUUGGAUAUGCUUAAACGUCACCAAGCUUGCAUAGAUCUAUCCAAAGAUAAGCUGGUGAUUCAAGACGUCGAGGUGCCGUUUUUGGGAGAGGCCGACAUUCCCAAGAACAAGGAGGAGGAACAAGCCGAUGAGCCCAAGGUUGCUGGACCAGGAGGAACUACAAUCGGGGGACGGACAGGAGUUGUUUCCGGACCAUCUACCCCACAACCUGGCUCUCAACAAGCCCCUGCUCCCCCACCAGCAACCGCCGCACCCCAAUCGGCACCUGCGCCCUCUUUCCCUCAAGAAUCUGUCGAUCAGCUCGUUGCAUUGGGUUUCUCACAAGCUGAGGCCGUGAAUGCCUUGGCUGCCUGUGGAGGUAAUGUAGAAUACGCUGCUGGGCUCUUAUUUCAAGGUUGA